AUGUCAGUUGAUUAUAACAAUCAUCUAUCAUCAUCGCCAGUGGCAAGAUCUCGUUCAAGAUCCCGAAGUUCAAACAGAAAUUCUCGAUCAUCUUAUUCCCCUCCCCCACCAAUACAACAUCAACGUGAUCAUAAUAAACAACGUAAUAACAACAAUAAUGAUCGUCGUGAUUACAACAAUCAAUCAGCACGUGGACGUAACAGAACGAAUGAUCGACAACAAAAUUCAACACAAAAUUUUUCAGAUCGUGAUCUUGGUUUAAAAUAUCGGUGGGAAAAAACUGUGUUUGUUAGUAAUGUUCCAUACGAUAUAAGAUGGACAGCGUUAAAAGAUUUAUUUCGUACUGAAGUUGGAGAAGUUAUGUACACAGAAAUAUUUGAACGAGAUGGGAAAUCACUUGGAUGCGGAUCAAUUGAAUUUCGUACAGCUGAUGAAGCCAAACGUGCUGUGGAAAAAAUGCACCAGUACGAAUUUAAUGGACGAAAAUUAUCUGUGAAGCUGGAUGAAGAAGGUUAUCGUACUCGUCGAUCGAAAUAUCAAGCGCUUGAAGGAAAAUUAUCACAGAAAAGUAAUACAUUGACAUCUAGUUCGUUGUUAUCGGGACUCGGUUCAAAUUUCUCAAGUUUACAAACGUUAUCUCAAUCAAAUCAAGUUGCUGGUCUCGGCGGCAUUGGUUCAUCAUUAUCUGGCUAUUCUUCUCUUGCUAACAUUCCUCAGCAUGUUUUACAACGUCUUGGCAUCGAAGGUCCAAUUACAAACAAAGUCUUUGUCGCAAAUUUGGAUUUUCGUUGUGAUGAAAAUAAGGUUCGUGAUGUAUUUGCAUUAGCUGGACGUAUACGUAAUGUGACACUAAAGAAAACAAAAGAAGGCACAAGUCGUGGAAUGGCCAUUGUUGAAUAUGAGCAUCCAUUAGAAGCAAUUCAGGCCGUAUCGAUGUUUAAUGAACAACAAUUAUUCGAUAGAAAUAUGGCAGUUAAAAUCGAUUCAAAAGAUGAAAAAGAUGAUUCGAGACCAAUGAAAUUGCCAAGUGGGUUGAAAGGUAUUGGUGCUGGAUUGGGAAUCGGAGGACAUCCUCUUCGAAAUGUUAAUAAUUUAUCUAAUUCCGGACCACUAGAGUCAUCUCUUCCACAACUAAAUCAGAAUCCACUACAAACUCUUUCUCCAAGUGUUCCUGAUUAUAUGAACCACAAUGAUCUGAGUGCAUUGAACGCGUUGUCACAGUUAUCACCAAGUGCUUUGAGCGUUUUAAAUGCAUUAACUAGUUCGUUUGGAAAUAAUGCGUUAAGUGCUCUUGCAAGCCUUCAAUCAGCCAGUUCCGGUCUUAAUUCGUCAUUAGGAACAGAUAAUUACUCUAACAACUCGAGUUUACUGGGCUCUGGUUAUUCGUCCAUAGGAGGAUUUUCUGGUUUUUCCGGUGGUUUGCCUAGUGGAACACAGUUAUCUUCUGCAGCUGCAUUAGCCAAAUUUUAUAAUGAAGACGACAGUCAAUCGGUGGCUGCUCGUCUUAACCAACAAAAUGCAGCUUCUCAAUUACAACGUCCUUCUUCUCACCAAACUCAAUCAAAUCUUGGAGGAGGACGUCUUCCACCACAACAACAAUCAUCAUAUACUGGUACGCGUCCACCAGGUGGAAAUAAUUAUGAACGAUCUCGUCGUAGUUCACCAUAUCAUUGA